UUCAUCCAUAUAUUCUAGGGUUUUCAAUCUCUCUCGAUCUCUCUCUCUUUCUUCUUUCUCAAGAACGAUGCAACCAGGAGCCACCGUCGUUCCGCCGCCAAUGACGGCUCCGGCUGCCGACAACCAGCAAAACCACUUCCAAUACCAGCAACCGCAACCGUGGCAGCAGCUUCAACAGCCAUGGAUGAACCACCACCACCAGCAACAACAACAAUGGAUGAAUCAGCAGCCGCCGCAUCCAUCAUUCCAGUAUCAUCCACAACAGGCAGUGUACUACCACCAACAACUUCCGCCUCAGCCCCCCGCAGCACAACCUACGAACCCUGACGAAGUUCGUAGUCUAUGGAUCGGCGAUCUCCCGACCUGGUUGGAUGAACAAUUUAUCAUCGGUUGUUUUGGCAUCACUGGAGAAGUGGUUGCGGCCAAAGUUAUUAGGAACAAACAAACAGGACAAUCUGAGGGUUAUGGUUUCAUUGAAUGUGUAAACCAUGCUGCAGCCGAAAGAAUUUUACAAACAUAUAAUGGAACACCGAUUCCAAAUGCUGGGCAGAAUUUCAGACUAAACUGGGCACAUUCUGGUUCAAGUGAAAAGCGGUCUGAUGGUACACCAGAUUUCACUGUUUUUGUUGGGGAUUUGUCUCCUGAUGUUACUGAUGAUGUGUUACUAGAAACGUUUAGUGCUCACUAUACCUCUAUAAAAAGUGCAAAGGUGGUUAUGGAUCGGUUGACUGGGAGGGCUAAGGGAUAUGGUUUUAUCAGAUUUGCAGAUGAAAAUGAGCAAUUGCGCGCUAUGUCUGAGAUGAAUGGACAGUUAUGUUUGACUAGGCCUAUGCGUGUUGGGGCAGCUUUGAACAAGAAAAAUGAAGGUGCAGUUCCUUAUCAGACAUCUCAAGGAGCUCAGAAUGAGGAUGAUCCAACGAAUACAACUAUAUUUGUUGGUGGGUUGAAUGAGAGUAUUUCAGAUGAUCAACUCAGGCAUGUCUUCAGUCCAUAUGGACAAUUAAUUCAUGUUAAGAUUCCAGCUGGAAAACGAUGUGGUUUUGUACAAUUUGCUGAAAGAAAUUCUGCUGAAGAGGCGUUGAAGAUGUUAAAUGGAACCCAAUUGAGUGGACAAAGCAUUCGGCUUUCAUGGGGUCGUAGUCCUAACAAACAGGCUCAAGUUGAUCAAAGCCAAUGGAAUGGCGGUGGCGGCGGUUAUUAUGGAUAUGCUGCACCUGGAUAUGAUUCUUAUGGAUAUUCCGCACCACCCCAACAAGAUCCUAAUCUCUAUUAUGGAGGUGGAGCCUAUUCUGGAUAUGGGAAUUUCCCGCAACAGCAUCAGCAAUGAGUUAUGGAUGUUGAAGAAAGUGGUCUUCAUCAUCUGGGGUAUAUUAUAUUUAGAGUUAGACUUAUCCAGUUUUAUACCCUGAUUUCUUGUCUUGACCCGAUCAAACGCUCCUGACCGUUUUUGUUUGACUUAUAUCUGUUAUGCGAUAGACAUGCGACACGAAUGUAGUAUUGAUUUCUCUACUCUUUUGCCUUCUUUGAAUUGUCAUGACUUGAAUUACAUUUUACUUUGUUUAGUUUAUUGGUGAAGAUGUUUUCUUUGCAAA